ACCGCUAAUGACGCUCCCAGCGCUCGCAGCUCCGGACUUCGGCCCCGAGCGCUCCCGGCAGCUCCGCUCCGCCCGGAGAGAAAAAAAAAACCCCGAAUUUCCCCAAAAUCAUGGCAAAGUUUCUGUCGCAGGAUCAAAUUAAUGAGUUCAAGGAAUGUUUUUCCCUGUACGACAAGAAGCAAAAAGGGAAGAUCAAAGGCUCGGAGCUGCUGGCGGUGAUGCGGUGCCUGGGAGCCAGCCCCACGCCCGGGGAGGUGCAGAGGCACCUGCAGCUGCACAGGAUCGACAGGAAUGCAGAGCUGGAUUUCUCCACCUUCCUGACCAUCAUGUACCGGCAGAUGAAGCAGGAGGAGCCCGAGAGGGAGAUCCUGAGAGCUCUGGCCAUGCUGGACAGGGACAGGAGAGGAGAGAUCCCCGUGCCCGAGCUGCGAGCCAAGCUCACCCUGCUGGGGGAGAAACUGUCCGAGGAGGAAGUGGAUGAUCUGCUGAAGGAAGCCAAGGUUGGGCCGAGUGGAACCAUCAGAUAUGAGGAGUUUGUGCACCUCCUCUGCCUCCCCUCGGCGGAUUACUGAAACCCAGCACCUGCAAAGGUUUUAUUUCUAUUUUUCCCACUUCCAGUCAGUCCCAGGAACCACCAGCUGCCUUUCCAAACCUGAUUUUGCCUUCAUUUAGUGCUGCCACUUCCAUGGGUUCCCCCUGAUUCCUGGGGAAACCACUUGUGAGCUGUUAUUGAAAUAAACUCAGUGUGACAACCCGUG